GAAGGCCAUGCCAGGGCCAGAUGGAUACAGAGAACUAUAUCCAUGCCAAAACUUUCCUGCGUCUAAAACUUACUGUCCCCCUAAACCUCCGCUUAAGGGUGAGAAAUGGCACAGAGCGACAGACUUUAUUUUGAGGAGAGAUGUCCAAGAGAAGGACCACCAACGCCAGGCCACCCAGCACUCCACAGCGGCACAAAACCCACGCCAAGUAAUUGCCACUCAUGGUCUGGUCGCUCCCCCAAAGAUAAAACCAAUCCCAAAACCUCAUCUUCUGAAGACGCAGAUUCAUGUUAAGCAAUCACAGCCUGUCCAUAAUAUCAUUAUGAAUUAUGUCACACCUACAUCAGACCAAGCUUGUUCAGAUGGAAAGAAUAAUGACACUCAUUUGGAAAACUGGCACAGUCAUCCAAAAACUACCUCACAUAAAUCAAAACGAGUCCCUCCGAGCAUACCUGUACCUGCCAGACCUCUUCCCAAAGAGCCAGAGCAAAUGAUCUCCAUGAUGGCACCAAAGAAUGAUAUUGAUGAGGGAGUUUAUAUGGAUGUAGACACAACACCAGUCCAGUCUGAAUGCUCCAGCUCACCAGUGCUGCCCCACAGACAAUCAGCUUCUGAGGUUUGUCCCAAAGGCAAACCCCUUCCACAUCCAUCUCUGUCAAAACCAAUUCCUGCUUUCAGGGUCCACAAUAAAACCAAAAUUGAGCACAAUGAUGUUGGAUUGCUCAGCGACCUUGUCAGGGAAAGUUUGGUUUCUGAGCUACACAAAACAUUCUUAGGAGCAAUUAAAGAGAGAGAUUGUAGCACCAAAAAGCCCAAAGUAUUUAAGGCUAAAGGAGAUCAUGCUGCGGAAAUGUUUAGUAACUCUCAAUGGGGAGAAUCUCUCUAA